GAACGGCAAAUAGCACUGAAGCCCUGCCCAGUCUCAUCUGUGUAGUUUCCUUAGAAAACACCCACUCUCUUUCCUCUGCCAGCUGUUCGUCUUAUCUUAAAGGUGUGAUUCAUGACUUGUUCAGUCCAAGGUUGCUUCACAUGAUGAGAUUACUGUCAUACAGGUUUCGAUAUCUGAUGCUUUAUCUGACAUUAAUUCACUUCUCAGAAAUGGCAAACCAGCAAGUCAGACUUCUGUUGCUGCUGCUGGUGGUUUUAUUAAGUAUCAUUCUUUUAAUUAUGUCAGAGGAAGGUUUACCAGAAAAUAUCAGUUUAAGAUACAGCUGGGCAUCCCCCUCUGGAAAUAAUAGAGCUAGUGAUGACAGCUUCUUUAACAUUUCUAAGCCUCAAACCACUCCAGCGGAGAAUCCCAUUGCCCUCCUAUUCAGGAAGAACUUUAAUAGGAUUCCUCAGUGGGAUUUUGAGGAUAUUUAUCACCAGGAUGCUCCACCAAGCCUGACAACAUGUCCACAGUCUCUGCGUAACUCCAAGGAUGAGGACUUCCAAAAGGCUUUUCUACCAAACAUCCGUGUGUUUAUGCACAAAGACAACUUCAACAUUAAAGACUGGAACAGACUUUCACAUUUUAACAAUCCGUUUGGUUUUAUGGACAUGAAAUAUGAUGAUGUUUUAGAUGCAGUGAAGCUGAUUCCAAAGCCAACAGAACCACUUCUUCUUCCUAAACCGGGUGGUGACGGCUGUGUUCGCUGUGCUGUAGUGGGAACUGGAGGGAUUCUCAAUGGCUCAAAAAUGGGAGCAGAGAUCGAUGCUCAUGACUAUGUUUUCCGGAUGAAUGCAGCAGUGAUCAAAGGUUUUGAGGAAGAUGUAGGGAACCGGACAUCGGUGUAUGUCCACACAGCCCACUCAAUCACUGCAUCACUAGCUUUCUACCAGAAGUACGGAUAUAGAGAGGCCCCGCACGAUGAGGGAAUAAAAUAUGUUCUGAUUCCUGAGGGGACGAGGGACUUCGAGUGGCUCCAGGCUGUUAUCAAGGGUGAACGGGUUGCUAAAGGCGAAUACAAGAACAGAAAUGCCAGAACUUACUACUCAGGCCAGUACAAUGAGACCCGCUUCUACGUUCUGCACCAGGACUUCAUGAGAUAUGUACGAAACAGGUACCUAAGAUCAAACAGCCUGAACCAGAAAUACUGGGCGAUUGUCCGACCAACUAAUGGAGCAUUUGCUCUCUUCCUGGCACUGCACGCAUGUGACACAGUGAAAGCAUAUGGAUUCAUGACAGAAGACCACAGUAAAUACUCCAACUACUAUUUUCAAAAGUUUGAAAAAACCCAUGUUAUCUUUUUUGCCAACCAUGACUACAUAAUGGAGAAGAACCUGUGGAAGAGCUUUCAUGACAGAAAAAUACUAAAGCUGUAUCAGAGAACUGAAACAGAAGGCUGAAAUAAUGCCAAGUGUUGUUACAGCAUCAAGAGUUGGGUCAAUGUGAUUAAUGCUUAAAAAGCUCUGUGAGAAUUUUUUUUCAUUAUUCAUUUCAAUAUUCAAUAUUUGUGAAAGACAGACGAGAAAAUUGUAUUGUGAAGUAUUGCCAGCUCAGUCAUAUUUGUGAGUCUGGAAAUUGUGAAGCUUAGGAUUUUCUUAUGAGGGUACAAAUCUAAAAGCUGUGAAAGAAAAAUUUUGUGAAUGCAAAUCAAACUUCUUUGACUUUGAGGAUUUCCUGACUGUGAACACAAAUUCAGUUUGUGGGGACAAGAAAAAACACACUGAAAUGGCGUCACAAGGAUGAGUAAUCAAACCCCGAUUUCACCCAAAAUCAGAAUCAACUUUGUCAAUGCCCUAGCGACCUGAAGCAUUGAAAAGUGUCUCCACAGUACAGGCCGAACAAGGUUUACCACACUGACAUGUAGGAAAAAAAAGAUACAGGAAGACCACGAGAACAGCCAUCAAGGCGCUCAUCACGCUUCAAUUUCAAAGAUGGCAAUAGACCGGGUUACGCAAAGGCCUAAAAAAAUAGAAAUGCAACACUCUAUUAGCUUGCCGACACGCAAUCAAGUGUAUGCAGGCAAAUCUGUUUCAAAAUGCACAAACUUGUAGAUCUGUUGUAUGUGUUUGUACAACCUGAUUUGAGCUUGAAAUGUGUGUGUGUGUAUGUGCAAUAGAUUGUGAGAAGCUGCACACCAACAUGCAUAAACUUGUAAAGAUAAAUGUGUAUUUGUAAGAAAAACUCACAUGCAUGUGAAAUAAAAUAAAGUUGUGUGUAUCA